AUGCUAGAAUAAUCUGAACAUACUAAAGCUCAUUCAGAAGGUUUUUAGACUGUUUUUGAAUUCGAUAUCGAAAGUUCACAAAGGUUUAACUUUAAUUUAUACAUAUAGAAGAUCAAAAUCAAGUUCUUAAGAGAAUUACAGAAAACUAUUUGAGAUAGCAAAAGAUUACUCUAAUUCAAAAGUACCAUAAGCACACUCAGAUGAAAUUCCAGAAUUUGAUUCUUUAGAGGAUUCCUGUUAGAUUAGACCUUCCAUGUGUACAAACAAAUCAAGCAAAUAAAGUUAAGAACUAGAAGAAAAAUUAUUCGAAAAAGAAUUAUUAUCACUAUUGAAUGAGGAUGAAUAUUAAUUAAUAGCUAAGAGUGAAAAAGAAUAGUGCAAAUUACCUUCAAUUAUGAUGAGAAAUGGUGGAUGUUACACUGGACACUGGUACAAAAAAAAACCUUAGGGUUUAGGAGAGUACAAAUUUGCAGAUUCUAGUAGAUAUAAUGGAUAGGUAACAAAUUAAUAAAUUAAUUUAGUGGAAUAAUGGCUAUGCAAGUGGAAAAGGUAAAUUUUUUGAUGCGGAAGGAGGAUAUUAUUGUGGGGAUUUCCAUUUGAAUUAUAUGCAUGGUAAAGGAGUGUAUAAUUAUGCUGAUGGUUCAAUUUAUGAUGGUAUGAUAAUUAAAAUAUACUUAAAGGUUCAUGGUUAAAUGAUAAAUAUAAUGGAUAUGGUAUUGAAGUUAAAAGUGAUUCUCAUUAUAAAGGUAUUUUACUAUAUAUUAAAAUUAGGUUAAUUUCGUAAUGGUUUAAAACAUGGCCAAGGGAUUUUAAUAUUUAAGAAUAAAGAAAAAUAUGAUGGUUCAUUUAUAAAUGGAUAAUUUGGAGGGAAAGGAAUAUUUGUAUUUUUAUAAUAAUAAUAAAAGAUAUGGCCAGAUGGAAGAAGAUUUCAAGGGGAUUGGAAAAAUGGAAUGAUGCAUGGUUAAGGAAUCUUAUCCUGGACAGAUGGUACAAUUUGAUUAUUUAAAUUUAAGGUCGACUUUAUGUAGGUUAAUAUGUAAGCGAUAAGAGAUAAGGUUUCGGAACAUUUCAAUUUGCUGAUGGUCGAAAAUACACUGGUUAAUGGAUGAAUGGUUUACAACAUGGAGCUGGUGAGUUUACAGAGUCCUCUGAACAUAUUACCAAGGGAGUAUGGAGAGAAGGUAAAUUAUUCUCUCUUACUUGA